CUCUCUUCUCCAAAUCAAUCCCCAAUUCCCAAAUCACCAACAAGGGUUCUCCUCGCUUCGAGCUCACCUUCAGGAGCCAUGUCGGGCCGCGGCAAGGGAGGCAAAGGGCUGGGCAAGGGCGGCGCGAAGCGCCACCGCAAGGUGCUCCGCGACAACAUCCAGGGUAUCACGAAGCCGGCGAUCCGGAGGCUGGCGCGCAGGGGCGGCGUGAAGCGCAUCUCCGGCCUGAUCUACGAGGAGACCCGCGGCGUGCUCAAGAUCUUCCUCGAGAACGUCAUCCGCGACGCCGUCACCUACACGGAGCACGCCCGCCGCAAGACCGUCACCGCCAUGGACGUCGUCUACGCGCUCAAGCGCCAGGGCCGCACCCUCUACGGCUUCGGCGGCUGAGCCCCUCCGGCGCUUCGGUUCGGGUUCAGUGGCGGUCGAUGGUGUUAGGUGUAGGAAUGGUGUUCGGGUUCCGUUCCAUCUGAUGUCUGCACUGGUCUGUACGUUCGUUUUGUGCAAAAGUUAUAUGUUCUGAUCUGAAAUGGAGUUCGAAGCGUAUGAAAGAAAUGGAUCUUCGUUUACUUGGCUA